GCUCCCGUCGCCCCCCUCUCAUCCCCACCCCACCUCACUCCAGCGUCGGCUGCAGAGGCCGAGAGACUCCCCUCCUCCUCUGCUCCACCUCUUUCGGCUCCUGGAAGACCCCCCCCCCCCCUCAGAAGAAGGGCUGCUGCAAAGUGAGAGGAGGCUCGGAGCGUGCUGCAGCUGGCGGCGCGCCAGAGGAACAGGGACCGCGUCUCUGUUGGUGAACUAAUCACCUGCAGGGUCGUUCUUGUGUGGAACACGCGAUGUGUCCAACUGUUCCCUGUCGGCGGCUCAAUGCUGCCGCCUAGUGGAGGGGAACCACGUGGCAGGCGGCCAACGAGAGAGAUUGUGUGAGUGGCUUUUCAUCAGGACAGCUGUUAUUGAAGACAUGUUAAUGUGAAACUAGAGGAAUCAUAGAGGGAACUCUGUGUUGGCGUCUUCACACGCACAGAAAGUCACUGGAGGCGACGGGAGUGUCAGAACCACGGACAGCGUCGCCGCCCAAGUCAUAAUCUCAGGGAUCCAAACAAAUGGGAUUCGUUUAGUUGGAUAAUGUCACCUCCCCUCUACUGCACAGAUGGGAAGCAGGGGACGGUCCAUGAAGACGUCCAGUGAUCCACAUCAACACCUGACGAUCACAGAGUCAAAUGGGAUUCGUUUACCUCGAUGACACCGUCCAGGCAGUUCUUGCAGGGAUCCACACCAACACCUGAUGAUCACAGACAAAUGGGAUUCGUCACUUCCUCUACUUUUUACAGAAUAAGCACAGGCAGGAAGCAGGAGACAGUCCAGGUGAAGAAGAAGCAGGAGACGGUCCAUCAAGACGUCCAGAAUAAGCACAGGCAUGAAGCAGGGGCCAGUCCAGGUGAAGGUUCUCAGCAGGGAUCCACACCAGCACCUCAUGAUCACAGACAAAUGGGAUUCGUUUACCUCGAUGAUGUCACUUCCUCUACUUUUUACAGAAGAAGCAGGGGACGGUCCAUCAAGACGUCCAGGAAGCACAGGCAUGAAGCAGGGGCCAGUCCAGGUGAAGGUUCUCAGCAGGGAUCCACACCAGCACCUCAUGAUCACAGACAAAUGGGAUUCGUUUACCUCGAUGAUGUCACUUCCUCUACUUUUUACAGAAGAAGCAGGAGACGGUCCAUCAAGACGUCCAGAGUCAAAUGGGAUUCAUUUACCUCGAUGAGACUGUCCAGGCAGGUCGGCGAGUCACGUCCCAUCAUCCACUUCAACAGUUUCAUCAAACCAAGAGAGAACAAACAACAUUAUUGUCACUUCUGUUCAAAUGCAGCAACAAUCAAAUAGCUCAUAUGAUAUGAAUGUUUAUCUACACCGUUAAUAUCCUUACAUCCAUUGUGGGACUGUAGCUCAACCAGACUGGACUUUAUUUAUGUUCUAUGAUUGAGUUUCAUCUUUGUCAGUGUGAUGUUUAACUGCAGGAGGACAAACCUCCAGUCCACCAACUACAGCAACUCCGACAACACCGACAGAAAAACAGAUUGACCAACACGACGACGCACCAACACGACGACGCAUCAACCGACAGACUCGCCCACCUACACACCAACCACAGGAACUCCGACAGAAACACCGACUCCCCCACCUACAGACCAACCAACACACCGACUGACAUCAUUUAAACUACAAUGAACAGAAAUGGUCUGUUAUUGAUUUUAUGUUAAGAAUGAUUUUUUUUUUUACAAGCUACUUUG